AUGGCACAUUGGCUCAUGGUGGGACUGGCUGCCCUGCUCUUCCUGUUCUACCAAUGGCAUCACUGGCGUACAAUUGAGAUUACUUCGAAAAGACCCAUGCUACCCUCGAUAGUGGUCUUCGUGGCCGUUCUGGGCCAGUGUGUGGACAGGGUUAAGAUGCCCCAGUCAAUCCCCAGUAUGCAAGGCAGGCUAUAUAAAUUCCUCUUCGAGCUAGUUGUAUCGAUAUGUGUGAUAUACUUCGGCAUGGUGGUGGUUUGGCACUUCCUGGAGUUGUUGACCAUCCUGUUGCUUCAGCUAACACUGCGUAAAUUUCGCUGUGUGUCGGAAUCAAACUAUCAGUUAUACGAAGAGUUCUGGAUUGGCGGCAUUACACUGCCACUGUCUCUGAUCAUCUUGACACCGCCAUGA